AAAAAAAAAAAAAAAAGAGGAAAGAGGGUAUGGCGUGCGGCGGCUGGUCCUCGCUGCCCGCCGAUCUCCUCCAGGACAUCUCCCACCGGCUGUCCUCCGACGCCGACCACCUCUACAUUUACCAGGUCUGCACCCACUGGCGAGCCUCCACCUCCCCCCUUGCCGCCUGCCGCCCGUGGGUCGUUGCCGGCGGCGCGCGGCGGAGGGGAUUUAUGCCACCCAUCGGCGACUACUCCCUCCGGCUCCCUCGCCGCGGCGCCCAGAGGAUGGAGGUCGGCGCUCCCCCGGCCGGGCUCCCCUACUGCUGCGGCGCGUCCCGGGGGUGGCUCGCCCUGGUGGACGACGACCAAUCCCCCACGCGGCUCGUGCUGUGGGAGCCGCUGUCCAACACCGAGGUGCCCCUCCCGUGCCUGAGCCCCCUCACCCGGAUCUUCCUCUCCGACGACCCGCUCGCCUCGCCGAACUGGAUUGCCGUUGCUGCUCAGCCCAAGGGCCCGAUUGGGCAGACGACGCACUUGUGGCGCCCUGGGGACGCCGCCUGGACCAUGAUGUACGAACAAGGUACAUUCGCGAUCGAGUCCAUGGUGUUCCAUCAAGGAAAAGCAUACUACAUUGACGCCGAGCGGAACAUCGUCAUCUGUGAUUUCAACACUGGAGCUGACCUUCCUCCGGAGUGCACUCGGCUCCACAAUGUUUGCUCCGUGGUGAACAGGCUCUGCCGAUGCGACAGGCUUCACCUUGUGCGUGGUACCCAUCUGGUUGCCUGCAACGGCGAGCUAUUGCUCGUGGUGUUGCACAUCGGCAGACAUCCAUCCCCAGCUGAAGUCUACAAGCCGGAGUGGACGCCCAACCAUUCCAUGGAGCUCCGCGAGAGGGUGAUGGACCUUGGUUACUACUCGCUUUUUGUGGGCCGAGGAGACACAUUUGCUCUCUCUGCAAAGGAUUUUCCGAUGAUCAAGCGCAAUUGUGUCUAUUGCAUGGAUAGGUUUCAGCAGAAUCGGUACUGGAUAUCUGUGUUCCAUUUGGUAUCUGGUGUUGUGGAAGAUAUCCCGUACCCAAUGGAGCUCAAGGAAGAUUCAACCAACUGGAGACCGCGUGCCUGGUUCUGUCCUAGAGCACCCUUGCUCAUGCAGUAGCGAGGCCUAAGCACGCCUUUUGUGAGUAAGCUGUUCGUAAGAUUCAGUUAGAGGCUUGUUUAGAAUGUGGGAGUUCCAGAUUCCAUCAUGUGCUAGCUGUUUAGGAUGUCUGAAAUUCUUAUGAAAUUUCUUUAGUUAUCAUGCUAUGCGGCAGGGGAAACAGCUAUACCGCAUGUGUGAUUGUACCCCUUUUGGUGGGGCAUGCACCUUCAGUAAUGUUACUCUGUAGUUUAAGAUGCUGCUUCCUCAAGUUUUUUUU